GUAAUAUAUUAUCAUCCAAACAGCACGCACAGGCACCGCUUGUGCGAUCAGGCUAUCUAUUCUCGAGACACAUGCAGCAACACCAUCCCAGGCAGCAGGAGCCACCAGGAGCAACUGUGUGAGGUCAAUACAUAUCAUGGGUGGAAAUUCUACCCAAGAGUGCUCCAAUGAUGAAAUAGCUUUCUUCUCCAAACAUGUGGGAGGGUUGUUGUUCCGUGUCAACACUCUCCUAGUGGCGAACACUAUUUUGAUGGGAGUCAUAGCUGGGAUAGGCUCCUACGGGCGUCGCUAUCGCCACCAUCCUUUGAUCCGUUUCCUCUACCUAGGAGCCACCACCCUGUUCCUACCCAUCCUCUCUUAUCUCGUCUCCACCUUAGAAAAUCCUUACACCUUCACCAUUUACACAGAACAAGACCGAGUCGUAACAGCAACUUGUGAAGCGCCGACUACGUAGGCAUGGUCAUGUUGUGGAUUGGUCUUGUUCAAAUCAUAGGUACCAAUGCCACUGCAACAGUGGACGGUGAUUCAAGAGAAGGUCGAAGCAUGGCACCCCCUGCAGUGCAGCUUGUUCAAGCAAUGUGGACCUCCUACCUUGCCUACAUCGUUUUGGAAUCAGGUCUACAACCAUCUGGAUAUGUCAAAUGGUCUCGAGAUACUAUGCUUAGUCAGGAGCUAUAUCUCUUAUUGGGACUACCAUAUGCUCUUAUCUUGGCCAAAUUGCUUUUCAAGUACUAUGCAUGGUACAAGGCCACGCAAUCAUUAGCACUUGGACGCAAUCCUCGUCUCAUUGUUGGAUACAUGGAGCAACUACAAUAUGGAGCUCAUCAUGCUGAGCUAGCAAGUCACUAUGUACCUCCUCCACUUAUAGUCAUGAGAGAGGGCACUGUUUUGGUAGAAAAACAACCUCAUGGUUACAGCUUGACAGGGAUGAACAAUGAUGGCUUAGUGACCAUCGAUCGAGUUUGGGAGUUGGAUGACACAGUGCUUCCGGAGCCAGCAGCGCAGCACAAGGAUUUGUGCCUUUCAUUUGCAUUGUUCAAGCUGUUGCGGUGUCGAUUUGCAAGGUACACAGUCAGUGAGGCUGGGUUUAUGAAAGUCGGCAACUUUAUGCGGCAUAUGUUGCUUCAGGAUAGUGAUGAUGAAAGGGUACUUGGGGUGAUCGCCCAUGAGCUUUCAUUUCUUCAUGAUUAUUAUUAUACAUCCCUACCAGUCUCAUAUUCACAGAGUUUCCUUCCCAUGUUGAGCGUAUCUAUUUCACUCUCAAGCAUCGGCUACUGCUUAUUUUUGAUCAUAUUUUUGGUGGGUUCCACUCGUACAGUUCUGGUUCAAGGGUUUUAUACUGAGCAGAUUAGUUGUUCUCCUGUGCACUGCAAUCAACCAGAUCCGACUCAGAGGGGGAGUGUAUAUACUGAGGUUGAUUUUGGAACAGUGUGGUUUGAUGCCGUGGAAGUGUAUAUACUUGUUAUGCUAGUUUUGCUGGUUGAAGCGAGGGAGAUCGCUUCUUACAUCUGCUCCAGUUGGGCCAAAGUGGCCCUGAUCUGCGGCUACACAAGGAAUACUUGUUGGCAAAAAUCUCCGACGAUUCGUAAAUGUGUUGGCUAUGUGCUACGCACCAGAUGCAACCUCAUCGAGCACUGGGUGGACGAGAUGAACCAAUGCUCCGUGCUGCUGCUCCACCAAAGGAGAAAGCCAGUGGCUCUUCUUCGGCGUCUCCUUCAUCGGCCCGACGAGAAGAAGAAGGUGCCGAAAGCAGUGAAGACUGCCGUCGUCAGUGCGGUGAGAAGGUUCGAUCCAAGAAUAAGCAGGCUCCGAAGCAACAGCGUGACGCCUCUACAACUACGAGUCAACAACAACGAGCUUCUUUGGACAUUCCAGGCACCCAAGGGAGUUGCUGAUGCCAUGCUCGUGUGUCACGUCGCCACAAGUAUCCUUCAAGUGAGAUCACGACGGAAAAACAAACCUCUCUCCAACCAUGAGAUUGCCGCUACUCAUAUAUCGCAGUAUUGCGCCUACCUGGUGGCCUACUGUCCCGAGCUACUCCCGGACGACGCCGCGUGGUGCAGGAGCCUGUACAAGGCCGUCAAGAAGGACGCCGCGCGCGUCCUCCGGGACGGCGGUGGUCGGGUGUCGACGGCAACGCCCGAAGUAGAGGAUCAGCAGCUGCUCAAGCUGUUGAGCGAGCAGUCUAAGCACCGUGUGCUCAAGGAUGGCGCGGAGCUCGGGCGGCUGCUGGCGGAGCUGCCGGCAGGAGAAGAGGUGGCAUGGAAGACCCUCGCCGAAUUCUGGUCGGACACACUCGUCUCCGUCGCCGCUGCUUGCGACAACAUCGACGACCACGCAGAGGCCGUCGCCCGGGGCGGGGAGCUGGUAACGCUCCUCUGGGCGCUGCUCGCCCAUGUCGGGAGCGUCGACGACGACACCGCCGAUGCCGCUGCAACUUAUGGUGCUCCUGAUGCUGUUUAAUCGUGUUAUGUUAUGCAGUAGUAUUUGCUCUUCAUUUCAUUUGGUUGGUACUACCUUGCAAGCUGUUGCGUGUAAUGCUCUUUCUAGUGUUCAGAAAGAGUCCGUUAAUUAUUGCUAUUGUGACUGUCAUCUCACCAGGAUGAGCAGUAUUCAAAGUCUCACUGGAA